CAUCACAGAGAGAGAAUAAUGAAUGUCAAGUUCAGUGUUUUUCGGUUGCCCAUUGAAUGCGAAAGUAUUUAGUUUGUUACAACUCUUUAAGUGCAAAAUGCAAAAAUAAUAAAAUAAAUAAUAAAUAAACAUUUAAACGAACUUUUAUAGAUGUAUAGUGAUGGAUAGUACUUACAUACAAAUGUACAUGUUAAAAGUGAAAUAACUGAAAGACGUCUACGGUGGGGAAAGAAACAUUUUUUUAAAUUGGUGCUGAUUUUUAACAUUUCAAGCAAUUAAUAGAAAAAUACGGAAAACAGAACUGUAGAACACAAUUGCAAUUGCAACAGUACUUACAUGUGAUUCCAGUUAAUAAAUUCUCUAAAAAGUAUUUUAUUCCACAAUUUCAAAUUAUACGGGGCGAAAUAGAAUAUUAAAAAAAAAAAAUUGCAAGAUUGCAUUAAAUUGAGUCAAACAACUAACUAUGUAUAUACAAAAAUGAAUUGUGCAACCAGUCCUCAGGAAAGUUUCGUUUAAAACAGUUCUUAAAAAUUUUACUAACGGAAAAGUUCUGUCGAUUGUAUUUUAAAAACAUACAUAUAGCUUCUAUUAAGUCCUUUUAGACAAAGGACUAAUUUUAACAAAUAUAUUUGCGUCGUUGUGUGAAAUCGAAUUGAAAUUCAAGUGCCAAAAAUACAAACGUCAAAUGUCGACGAGUGCCUUAUUUGUACAAAUAACAUCCAUCCAUUCUUUUACAUUUACUUAAUGCAGAAUUAAAAUACUUAACAACGGAAAUUUCUGUAAAAUUAUGCAACUAUUAUUAUUAAACUAACUUAACAAAGCACAAAACAAACAUAGAAGAGCAUUUAUUAUACAAAUGUACAUAAUUUUCUAAAGAUAAAUUUAAUACGAUAUAAAUAAAUAUUAUAUUAAUUAAACAAAAUUAAUAAAAAACUAAAACAUUUACAAGUGCCUUUUAGUAGUGUUAAGUGUUGUUGAUUUAAACAAAAGCUCAUGUUACCAGUCUUUUAAAAAAAUCCCAUAACAGGUGGCUUCAUGAGAGUAAUUCAAAGAUACAUAACUAGACUGUAAUACAUAUCCACACAUACGUUAGAAGUUGUUGUAUUGACUAACACUCCCACACAAAUACCACAAACGGAGUGAAACAAACAAACGAUUCGUAUAUCGUUUAGGAUAGAAAAGUCCUAUUCCUUGAAUUAUGUCAUCAAAUCAUAGUGACAAGAUUAAAUUCGAAAAUGUCAAUAGAAAACGUAACACACCCAUACUAUCGAAGGGUCUCAAUAGGACCGUUAAAGAGAAACCGCUGGGAGAACGACGCAAAGCGGUAUUACGUCAGGAGUUAAUGGUCUUUCUUGGCAACACCGGAGUCAUGGGUGCUGGUAUGGCAGUGGCCUUACCCUCCGUUACUUUGGGCCAAUUAACGGAUAUAACGGAAGAAUUCCAUCUUUCAGAGGAGGAGGCCAGUUGGUUUUCCUCCAUUAAUUCAAUGGCUUGUCCUUUAGGAGGUUUAUUGGUUGGAUAUCUAAUGGAUAGGGUGGGGAGAAAAAAUACAAUUGUCUUCACCGAUAUCUGUGGCGUUCUUGGCUGGGCCUUAUUAGCUACUGCUCCCCUGCAUAAAGAAAGCUCAGCAAUUUUUACACAAAUAUUAAUAGGACGUUUUCUUUCAGGAAUCAUGAUUGGCUUGUGCGUAUCACCAGUAGGAGUAUAUUCUGCCGAAAUUAGCUUACCUAAAAUUCGAGGAAGACUGAUAUUGGGCACUUCUAUAGGUAUAGCAGCAGGAAUUUUAUUCAUGUAUGUUCUCGGUUAUUUUAUAAGGAAUGAUUGGCAACUAAUAGCAAUAAUUUCCACGGCUUAUCAAGUAUUUUCUGCCAUUUGUGCCUUACCCAUGCCAGAAACUCCCAGUUGGUUAAUGCAAAAGGGUUAUGCCGAAAAAGCCAGACGAUCUCUGAAAUACUUUCGAGGCUUUAAUAAGAAUGAUGUAUCAUAUUGUGAAGAAUUCGAAAAUGAACUAAGUCAAAUUAAAAGAACUUCGGAAUUAAGCCGCAGCACAGCCGAAAGCGAAUCACUUUUGCAGGCUGUUAAAGCUCCCGAGGUUUAUAAACCUCUCUUGUUGAUGAUUGGUUUCUUUGGAUUUCAACAGUGCUCAGGAGUAGUAGUUGUUGUUGUGUAUGCUGUUCAAAUAGCCACUCUAGCUGGUGUGUCCAUAGAUCCCAGAUUGUGCGCGGUGUUAGUGGGAGUGGCGCGCAUCAUCACCACAUUUUUUAUGAGCACAAUAUUUGAACGAUGGGGACGUAAACCAGCAGGAGUGAUUUCUGCUGCCGGCAUGACAAUUUGCAUGUUCUUAUUAGCGGCUUCUGGCUGGUUUCCGGAGGAAUUUCAACAAGUAUCUAUUUUACCAGCUAUUUGCAUUGUGCUGCAUAUAGUCUUCUCAACCAUGGGACUUCUUACUUUGCCUUUCUUUAUGAUCUCCGAGGUGUUUCCACAGCGUGUUCGUGGCAGCGCAUCUGGCUUCUCAGUAAGUUGCGGUUUACUUAUAUCCUUUGCUGUCAUUAAACUAUAUCCUGCCAUGGAAUCAGCUAUGGGCACUGCAAAUCUGUUUGCCUUUUACGGGGUUGUUUCGUUAGUGGCUGUGCCUUUUAUAUUUUUCCUUAUACCAGAAACCAAAGGUCGAACUCUACUCGAAAUUGAAGAAUAUUUCAGAACUGGUCGUAUGGCAUCAUCCUCAGAAGUCGAUCUAAGUCAGCCUACCAGCCCAAAGAAUAACAACGAUGUUUCCGAUGAUGCUUUGGAAUCAUUUCUUAAACCUUAAAACCCAUAAUGGGUCAAACUUAGUUACUUAAAGCGGCGCUAUUGUACUUAUUUUGUCGUAUCUAAGAUUUGUCAAAUUAUUCCAAAGAUUUCUAACAAAAGCACUAAAAUUAUGUCUGUGAUCAAAUAAAAAAUAAAACAAAACGAACAUAAGGCGUUAUUCACUGCAUGGUGAAUAAUUACUACUUUUUUCAAACUUUUUUAAUGCAACAAAAAGUACAAUUUUAAAAUACUUGAAUAUUUUUUGUACGGCCUCAUAACAAAAAUUUACGGAUGUUCCCAUUUAUAAUUAAAGUUUAAUUUAUUUUAAGAAGAGACCGCCUCUUAAAAUGUUUGUAGCAUAAAAAAUGAAUUAAACCUUCAUUUUAGUAGGGAACAUGGACAUCUUAUUUUGUGAGUCCGUUAUAAAAAUCGGAAUAAGAUUAACAAAACAAUUAAUUAAUACGAUGUACUUAUUUCUUAAAACCUUAAAAUGUAUGUUAACAAAAUAUUUAAAUAAAUAUAUUUUUAAUGUUUGUAGCAUAA